GCAGUGCAGUGCAUGGGUCCUGAUCCUAUUCGAUCGGGCCGCACCUUACUCAACCUCAUAAUUUACCACUGCUGGAUGGAUCGAUCAGUUCCCAUGUCUCUCGCCCUCUUCCUCCUCCUCCUUCUCCUCUAUAUUAAUGGUUUUGCAUCGGCGGCUUUCUUGUUACUGGUGCACGAUUGGAGCUCUCCAGAGCACUCAAUCUUAGUACAGUACGUGCUACAGCACACUCUCACUCUCACUCUCUGCUAGCUUAGCUUAGCAUAGCUCCGCCAUUACUGCUCCUCCAGCUCGAUCGUUGAUUUCUUCCCAGCUAGGCUAGCAAACUCAACUGCCUGCACGUUCCAGUCAAACAAGUGUAAUUAAGCAUGGCGCAGGAGUGGGAGGCAGCCAUGGGCAUGGAGCUCGGCAUGGGAACUACUCCUCACUACGCAGCGUCACCAGCUGCUGCUGCUGCCGCAACCAUGGCCGCGCCAUUCGGCCACGGCAGCGCCUACUCUCACUCGCUGCCACACCAUUACCACUUCUACGGUGGCUCGGGUGCCGAGGUGGCGGACCCGAUGCGCGUCGACGAGAUGCUCGACCUCUCUUCCCACCUCGGCGCCCACGACUUCUUCCCCGGCGGCAGCAAUGGCGCCGCUCAGGGCGAGCAAGCUCCUCCUCCUGCUGCUCCUUCUUCCUCGGAUCAUCAUGGCCAUGGCCACCACCACUCGUCGUCCAACUCCUUCAACCUCUCCUUCGCCGACGAGUUCUUCGUCCCCGUGCCGCGAGAGGAAGCCGCGGAGCUGGAGUGGCUGUCGAAUUUCGUGGACGACUCGUACCCGGACACCCCCAACUAUCCGCCGGCCGUGCAAGCCGCCGCCAGGAACGGCGCCCGCCAGGAGAUGCUCCAUAACAACAACAAUCCCGCAUCCACGGCGCUGCCUGGCCGCGGCGCGCGGAGCAAGCGGUCGCGCGCGGCCUCGGCCGCCGCCGCCGCGUGGCACGCCCUGGUGCCGCGGCAUCAGGAGCACCAGAGGCCGUCGCCGUCCUCGUCUUCGUCUUCCUCCGACCAGCAGCAGCUGGUGUCUUCCUCGAAGCCGGCGAGGCCAAAGGCGGAGCUGGGCAGCGAGGAGCAGGGAGGCGUGCGGCGGUGCACGCACUGCGCGUCGGAGAAGACGCCGCAGUGGCGGACGGGGCCGCUUGGGCCCAAGACGCUGUGCAACGCGUGCGGGGUCCGGUACAAGUCCGGCAGGCUGGUGCCCGAGUACCGGCCGGCGGCGAGCCCGACGUUCGUGCUCACGCAGCACUCCAACUCCCACCGCAAGGUCAUGGAGCUCCGCCGCCAGAACGAGCAGCUCGUCCACAUCCGUGGAGGCGCCGCCGCUGGAUCGCCGUCGUCGGGAUCGGCCGCCAGCGGGGAGCACAUGUUCCGCGACUACGGAGUCUGUUGAGUUGACCUCGAUGGUCGAUCUUGGACUUGCAGGAAGGAAACAGUCAGAGCUUAAUUGGAACUUUGAUGGAUCCAAGACGGCGCUAGCUUAGCUGUUUAAAUUACUAGCACUCUCUCCAACGGGAUCUCUCUCUCUCUAGAUCGUUCUGCUUAAUUUUGCAUGCAAAUUCCUUGCUUCCUUGCCAUCUUUUCUUUUACUUCGCAAUUUCUUCCUCCAUGUACGAUUUUUGUUGCUACCUUUUUUUGUUUGUCAGAAAUAAAUAAUGAAAUCUGUUGAAAAAAAGACUUGGAAAUAACUGGAAAUUGUAAGCUUUUUUUUGCUUC